AUGUCAUCAAAAAAUGAUCACGAACAAAGAACUCCAUAUGUUCAAAAAAUCAAUUUAAGUAACUUGAGAACUAAGAGAAAACCUCAAAAACUUUAUCCAGAUUGUAAGGAAACGAACGAUUGCAAUAAAAUAGAAGAGGUUAUUGAUGAUAAUUUUCAUGAAAAUCCCAUAAAGCAGAAUAAGCAAUUAGCAAAAAUAUUUUCAAAUAAUUUAUCACAAGCACAAAUUUUAUGA